CGCCCACCUCACGGCCGCGCCCUACGUGGCGCUGCACGCCGCGCAUCUGGAGCUCACAGCCGACUACCACGAAGCACUUGCAACGUACGAGAAAAGCAUCAUAACAGAAAACGUUGAUGAUAUCAAAGUAAAAGAGCACAACGCUAAAUGCGAGGCAGGAAUCGCGCGGAUGUCCAUCCGGUGUGGUGACGUCAUGAGGGGCGUUACCCUCGCCAUGAAGUACUCCGCCAACAUUGACCUGCUCAGAGAUUGUGCACAGCUGCUCGAAGAAGAGAAACAGUACAGCCAUGCAGCAGCUCUCUAUGACCACGCUGGCAACACCGACAAAGCAGCAUCUCUAUACAUUAAAUUGAAGUCGUGGCUAAAAGUGGAAGCUCUCAUACCGAAGAUUAACUCACCCAGCGUACAUCUUCAGUAUGCUAAAGCUAAAGAGGCAGAAGGAAGAUACCAAGACGCGCUCAAAUCUUACCUAAAGGCACAAGACUAUGAAUCGGCGGUGCGUAUCAACUUGGAGAAACUGGAUGAUAUAGAUGAGGCGGUACAACUAGUUCAGGAGUCUAAGUCUGUCCAGGGUGCAAAAAUGGUCGCUAAUUACUUUCAAAACAGUGACGAUCCUACAUCGGCUAUCAAGUUCCUAGUAAUGUCACUUUGCUUCGACGAAGCCUUCCAAUUAGCGAGAAAGAAUGGCAAACUGGAUUUGUACGGAGACAUAUUGAUACAGACAUCCCAAGUCAGACCAGAGGAUUUUAAAAGUUUGGCGUUGCAUUUCGAGGGGGAGAAAAACCAUUUAUAUGCUGGCAAGUUUUAUUUUCAUUCAGGAGAUUAUAACAAGGCGAUGUCGCAUUUGUUAAAGUCUGGAGGCACCGAGGAGGAAGAAAACGAAGCGAUUACCAUUGCAAUUGACACGGCUGCUGCUAGUGAUGAUGAGAAGUUGUCCAGGAGGUUGAUCGAGUUCCUCCUGGGUGAGACAGAUGGCAACCCGCGCGAUCCACGUCACCUGUUCAGACUGUAUAUGGCCAAGAAACAGUUCACCGAGGCAGCUAAAACUGCGGUAAUAAUAUCAGUUUCGGAGAUGAGUGGUGGGCGUUACCGAGCGGCGCGGGACGUGGCUCGCGGACUGUGUGCGGCGCUACGUGCGCGCUCUCUGCCCGUACCGCGGGACUUGCGCCGCACUGUGGCGGUGUUGCACGCGUAUAUACUGGUCCGCACCCACGUACGCAAUGGACGCCACGAUCUCGCCGCCCGCCUGCUGUUACGCACCGCUAGCGACGUCUCGUUCUUCCCCACACAACAACAUCAAGUGUCGAUCCUGACAUCGACGGUGAUAGAGUGUGGGCGCGCCGGUCUGAAGCACCAAGCAUACCACUGGGCCAGGGUGCUCAUGCAGCCGGAGUACAGGUCCCAGAUAGACAGUAAAUACACCAAGAAGAUUGAGUCAGUAGUCCGUCACACGCCGCGCGGCGCCCCCGCCCCCGAGCCGAGUACGCCGUGCGCGGCGUGCGGCGCACAGCUGGCCGCCCACGAGCUGCGGUGCACACACUGUGAGACGGAGCUGCCUUUCUGUAUCGCUACGGGCUUGCAUAUCGUGAAGGAAGACCUCACCGCAUGCCCCGAGUGUGACUUCCCCGCCAUUAUGACGGAGCUUGUCGAAGUUCUGCGGGAAGAGGGCAAGUGUCCGAUGUGUGGUGAGAGCGUAGACUAUCGGCGAUUGGUCAAGAUUGAUGACGUCACUCCAUACAUGGAUCUCCACACCGGUGAUUAGCAGCUUUACAGCAAAAAAGUGUCAUUAUUGUCUGUCAAAUUGAUGUUGAUAAUCGUGACAGUUGACUGUAGAGACGGGGCAGUGUAUCUAUUAGAUUAUUAUUCUCAUAAAACUUGCAUUUCUAUGCUGUAUGGAAUUGAAAUUUUGAACAAUUUCCUAUCUAUUGAAUAAAUAAUAAAUUAUUCAAACGAUCAUAAAAGCCCGUCCACGAUAACAAUUUUGCCUCGUGCAUUUCGAGCACGACAAACAAGCUAGAGCUACAAAGCGCAGGUCCCGGCCACACAUGGAGUAUUACUGUCAUCUCUGGUCUGGCGCUUCCUAGUUUCAGCCUAAUUUCCAAUAUGUGUGUAAGUACCACGGACGAGUAAAAUAAGAAGGACUCCGUGUCACCUUACAUAACAGUGAGGCAACAAAACAAGCCGGUAAACGUGUAAAUACAUAGCCCCACGCAUACACUUACACUAAUACAAGCCGUUCGGCCGCCAUUAUGAGAUUUGCCAUCGUCUGUGACAGAUCAGUUUGCGUCGCAAUAAAAUAUUUUAGAAAAUGCCGUCGUGCGUUGUGAAAAAGUGUAAAAAUAAUACUAUAAAAGUAUUUGUGGAUAUAUGAUUAUUUAAGGAAGAAAAUAUUGUGUAUCUGGUAUACCCCGUACCCGCACACACACUAACAUAAAGGUGCUUCACUUGCUAAUAUCACGGCGCGGUGUCCUUCUUUUUUUACUAGUCCGUGGUAAGUACUAGAAUUCUGUGGGAAAUUUGUAGUUGUGUAAAAUUUUAUUUUUGUUUGAUAUUUAACAAAUUGAACUGUGAUGAUGUCCGUCCGUAUAUUUAAGCUUAUUAAUUGUUAGUUUAUAAGAAGUUUUAAACAUUUGCAUUUCUACUUUAACGCGGUAUGAUGAAUGAAUAUGUUCGCAGAAGUUAAGUACUGGUUGUUUUUGCGUUUAAAUUAUGUAAAAUAGCAAAAAUAUUCUUGGUAGAACAAAUUCAGUGCAUCACUGAAAUUAAUAUCUUGGAUAUAUAUGUUGAUGAGAUUCCACAACAUUGUUGGCAUUACAUCUUAUUAAACAAAAUAAUAAUUCUGUUUAAUAAGAUUUGUUAAGUGGAGUCCAAUAUGAUAUUUUACUUAAGGUUAAUAAAAUAAGUUUAAUAAAAUACAAUACUUUCAAUUGUAAGCAUUCCAAUAAAAAUACAAUUAAUUUACUCUAUAGUAUAUUAUAUACUUUAAUAUUUAUGUACUUACAAGAGUUAAUAUUUAUUUUCUUAAACCUGCAUAAGGCUGCAUUUCAUAUACUACGUUAUUUUUAUAUUUAUCUUUAAUAUUUGUAAAGUGGAGGGUAGUUGUGAAAAAUAAAAACAAAAACUAGUGAUGAAA